GUGCCACACUCGAUACAGGAGCUGGAAUUAAGAGGAGGACUCCCAACCCAUAAAAUGACAAAAGAUAAGAUCACUGGGACCUUGGUUUUCACUGUCUUCACUGCUGCACUGGGUUCCUUCCAGUUUGGAUAUGACAUUGGUGUGAUCAAUGCACCUCAACAGAUAAUAAUAUCCCAUUAUAGACAUGUUUUGGGUGUUCCACUGGAUGACCGAAAGGCUAUCAACAACUAUGCUAUCAACAAUACAGAUGAACUGCCCACAACCCCAUACCCAAUGAGCCCAACACCGACCCCUCAGGUUGGGGAAGAGAUUAUGGCAUCUGCUGGCCUAAUCACCAUGCUCUGGUCUCUGUCAGUGUCCAGCUUUGCAAUUGGUGGAAUGAUUGCAUCAUUCUUUGGUGGGUUUUUUGGGGACACGUUUGGAAGGACUAAUUUCUGGCCUGGUUCCAAUGUAUAUUGGUGAAAUUGCUCCAACCACUCUCAGGGGUGCACUUGGCACUAUUCACCAGCUGGCCAUUGUCACGGGCAUUGUUCUUAGUCAGAUUGCUGGCCUUGACUUUAUCCUGGGCAGUGGAGAUCUAUGGCACUUCCUGCUUGGCCUGUCUGCUGUGCCAGCCAUCCUCCAGUCUCUGCUACUCUUCUUCUGUCCAGAAAGCCCCAGAUACCUUUACAUCAAGUUGGAUGAGGAAGUCAAAGCAAAAAAAAGCUUGCAAAGACUCAGAGGAUAUGAUGAUGUCACCAAAGACAUUAUUGAGAUGAGAAAAGAAAUGGAAGAAGCAUCAAGUGAGCAGAAAGUCUCUAUAAUUCAGCUCUUCACCAAUUCCAACUACCGACAGCCUAUUCUAGUGUCCUUGAUGCUGCACAUGGCUCAGCAAUUUUCUGGAAUCAAUGGGAUCUUUUACUACUCAACCAGCAUUUUUCAGACAGCUGGAAUCAACCAACCUGUUUAUGCAACCAUUGGAGUUGGUGUUGUCAACACGGUUUUUACUGCUGUCUCUGUAUUCCUUGUAGAGAAAGCAGGGCGACGCUCUCUGUUUCUAAUUGGAAUGAGUGGGAUGUUUGUCUGUGCCAUCUUCAUGUCCGUGGGCCUUGUGCUACUGAAUAAAUUCACUUGGAUGAGUUAUGUGAGCAUGAUAGCCAUCUUCCUUUUUGUCAGUUUCUUUGAAAUUGGGCCAGGCCCAAUCCCCUGGUUCAUGGUGGCCGAGUUUUUCAAUCAAGGACCACGCCCUGCUGCUUUAGCAAUAGCUGCCUUUACCAACUGGACCUGCAAUUUCAUUAUAGCUCUGUGUUUCCAGUACAUUGCGGACUUCUGUGGACCUUAUGUGUUUUUCCUCUUUGCUGGAGUGGUCCUAGCCUUUACCCUGUUUGCAUUUUUUAAAGUUCCAGAAACCAAAGGAAAGUCUUUUGAAGAAAUUGCUGCAGAAUUCCGAAAGAAGAGUGGCUCAGCCCGACGGCCAAAAGCUGCUGUAGAAAUGGAAUUCCUCGGAGCUACAGAGACUGCGUAAAGAUAACCUGCAAUACUUUACUUUUUGACAUGAACAGAAACAGGAAGGAAAUCGUGUUUUUAAAUGAUGAUUCCUUGAGAAUUUUACAUCUACAUGUUGGAGUAUUGUUUUAUUUUUAAAGAGCUUUUAUGGACUCUGAUCAGAAAUAACACCACAUAUUACCAAAGAAAGUAUUUUUUUAAGUUAGAAAAUCUAUUUUUGAUGGUAAACUCUGUAAUUAAACAAACCAUAAAGGCUAGCUCAUUUUGUUACACUAAAGGGCAAGUACGUUCUAAUGUUCCUCACCCUGUUUUUUAUAACAAGGUUAUCCUAAAAUUGAAGAGGUUUCAGUGUAUCAUAUUAUUUCUUCAUUAACUAGAAACCUGAAGUUACAACUAAUACUUAUAUAUUCGAAUAUGAUUAAAUUGGAAUUUUCUUACCCACAGAUCUCAUUCUAAAGGAGUUAUAGCUAGUGGCAGUAAAAUCCAUGUUAAAAUUUACAACUAUUCCAUUUCUCUCACUCAGCUUUUUUUCUUGUAUAUUAAAAUUUGUAUUUUGUUUAAAAUUUUAUUUUUUCCUGUAUUUUCAUGUGGAGUGGUUUAUUGAGAACAUUAAAAUAUGUUUAUAGAGAAAAACUUUUAUUUUGGGUAGGUUUACCAAAAUCAUUCAGUACUCAGGAAAAAAAUUUUUAGUUCUUUUGAUAACCAAAUGGUUUUUGCACAAUUAAACACGAAAAAGGUUUUACCUGGUUGUAUAACAUCAGUUAUCAGUUAAUAUUAACAUCUAUUAUAAAACCAUGUUAAUUCCUUACAACUUCAAUCCUUUAAGUUAUAUUUUGUUUUGCUUUUUAAUUGAGCACACCUGGUUUUCUGAGCUGUGCUACAAAAUACACUCAAUCAUGAGUCAGGCAUUUUGCAUAUCACCUCAAACUCCUAAUAAGUUAGAUCAGUCUAACUUAGGGAAAUUUGAAGAAAAGGAUUGCUCUAUUUUUAAAAAACAUUUUCUGAAUUAUUAUGUCUCAAGACACAUUGAAGAAAUAGGGUUGGAAGAUUCGUAAGGGUGGGCUCCUGAAAAUUUAUGAAUGUUCAAUUUCAGACGAUCAAAAUCCCU